GUUAUAAAUAGUAAAGCAAACCAUCCAGGGCAGUUCAUAAAUGAAACGCCUUCUCUGACUUUAUGAUUCUGAUCUUUGUGAAGAGAGACAGAGGAACAUCCUAGAAAUGACAUAAAAAUCAAAUAUUAAACAUGGAGCUAUUUAGACCUUGUUUGUUCUUUUAUCUGUUGGCCAUUUUGCUGUCACUGAGCAUCUCUUUGACCACAAACUCGAACCCCACCACUGCAGAAACACUUCAGUGGAAGGGUGGAGAUGGUGUGAAAAGGUCACGAGUGAGAAGGCAGAACCUAGACCUACAAAAUGCAUUACGUUUACCAGAAAAGGCUUAUGCUUUCUUUAUGUUAUGGAGAAUUCUGGAUGAAAUGUACAACGAUGCAAACACCAUCAAACCAUUAAUGACAAUGCCAGACAAACUGGAAUUUACAACACCAGAAGGGCCAAAGAUCAUGGAGACUGAGGUGAAAACAUCUUCAGUUCACGUACAGGAACAAAGCAUUCAUUCCACUGGUAUGACUGGUACAAAUAACUCUACAGCUAUGCCGUCCUUCCCUACUCACUCAUUACCAGACUCACAGAAAACAACUCAAUUAGAAGAUUUACAACUAGUGGGACAAUCAACUCAGCGACUCCAGACCACAAUACAGAAAAUUACAGAAUUCAAUCAAGCUACAGAGCAACAUAUCCCAGAUUCCACAACAUUUAAAAUUCUCACCAUUGCAUCAGAGGAAACAUCUACAAUUGCCAUACAUGAACAAAUUGACCACUUCACUGGCAUUAAUAUUAUAAAUAACUCCACUGCUAUGGUGUCCUUUCCCACUCACUCAUCAUUCCCAGACUCACAGGAAACAACUCAAUCAGGAGAUUCAAAACUAGCUAAAGAAUCAACUCAACAACUCCAGAUCACAAUACAGAAAAUUACAGAAUUCAAUCAAGCUAUAGAGCAACAUAUCCCUGAUUCCAAAACAUUUGAAAUGUCCACCACUACAUCUGAAGAACCUUCUACAAUUGCCAUACAUGAACAAAUUGACCACUUCACUGGAAUUAAUAGUAUAAAUAUCUCCACUGCUAUGGCAUCCUUCCCCACUCACUCAUUUCUAUCAGAAACAACUCAAUCAGGAGAAACAACUCAAUCAGAUUCACAACUAGCCGAGGAAUCAACUCAACGACUCCAGACCACAAUACAGAAAAUUACAGAAUUCAAUCAAGCUAAAGAGCAACAUAUCCCUGAUUCUACAACAUUUAAAUUUCCCACCACAGCAUCAGAAGAACCUUCUACAAUUGCCAUACAUGAACAAAUUGACCACUUAACUGGCAUUAAUGGCAUAAAUAACUCUACAGCUAUGGAUACUCUACCCACUCAAUCAUCAUUUCCAGACUCACAGGAAACAACUCAAUCUGGAGAUUCAGAACUAGCUGAAGAAUCAACUCAACGACCCCAGACCACAAUACAGAAUAUUCCUUCCAUACAUGAACAAAUUGACCACUUCACUGGCAUUAAUAGUAUAAAUAACUCCACUUCUAUGGCGUCCUUCCCCACUCAUUCAUCAUUACCAGACUCACAAGAAACAACUCAAUCACGAGAUUCACAACUAGCUGAAGAAUCAACUCAACAACCCCAGACCACAAUACAGAAUAUUCCUUCCAUACAUGAACAAAUCAACCGCUUCACUGGCAUUAAUGGCAUAAAUAACUCUACAGUUAUGGCGUCUCUACCCACUCAAUCAUCAUUUCCAGAUUCACAAGAAACAACUAAAUCAGGAGAUUCACAACUAGCUGAAGAAUCAACUCAGCGAUUCAAGACCACAAUACAGAAAAUUACACAACCCAGUGAAGUUACAGAGCAACACAUCCCUGAUUCCUCAACAUUUAAAUUUCCCACCACAGCAGCAGAAGAUCCUUCUACAAUUGCCAUACAUGAACAAAUCGACCACUUGACUGGUAUUAAUGAUACAAAUAACUCCACUGCUAUGGCAUCCUUCCCCACUCAUUCAUCAUUACCAGACUCACAAGAAACAACUCAAUCACGAGAUUCACAACUAGCUGAAGAAUCAACUCAACAACCCCAGACCACAAUACAGAAUAUUCCUUCCAUACAUGAACAAAUUGAUCACUUCACUGGCAUUAAUGGCAUAAAUAACUCUACAGCUAUGGCGUCUCUACCCACUCAAUCAUCAUUUCCAGAUUCACAAGAAACAACUCAAUCAAGAGAUUCACAACUAGCUGAAGAAUCAACUCAACGACUCCAGACCACAAUACAGAAAAUUACACAACCCAGUGAAGUUACAGAGCAACACAUCCUUGAUUCCACAACAUUUAAAUUUCCCACCACAGCAGCAGAAGAUCCUUCUACAACUGCCAUACAUGAACAAAUCUACCACUUGACUGGCAUUAAUGGCAUAAAUAACUCUACAGCUAUGGCAUCCUUACACACUCAAUCAUCAUUACCAGACACACUGGAAACAACUCAAUCAGGAGAUUCAAAUCUAGCAAAAGAAUCAACUCAACAACUCCAGACCACAAUGCAGAAUAUUCCUUCCAUACAUGAACAAAUUGAUCACUUCACUGGCAUCAAUGGCAUAAAUAACUCUACAGCUAUGGCGUCUCUACCCACUCAAUCAUCAUUUCCAGAUUCACAAGAAACAACUAAAUCAGGAGAUUCACAACUAGCUGAAGAAUCAACUCAGCGAUUCAAGACCACAAUACAGAAAAUUACACAACCCAGUGAAGUUACAGAGCAACACAUUCCUGAUUCCUCAACAUUUAAAUUUCCCACCACAGCAGCAGAAGAUCCUUCUACAAUUGCCAUACAUGAACAAAUCGACCACUUGACUGGUAUUAAUGAUACAAAUAACUCCACUGCUAUGGCGUCCUUCCCCACUCAUUCAUCAUUACCAGACUCACAAGAAACAACUCAAUCAGGAGAUUCACAACUAGCUGAAGAAUCAACUCAACAACCCCAGACCACAAUACAGAAUAUUCCUUCCAUACAUGAACAAAUUGACCACUUCACUGGCAUUAAUGGCAUAAAUAACUCUACAGCUAUGGCGUCUCUACCCACUCAAUCAUCAUUUCCAGAUUCACAAGAAACAACUCAAUCAAGAGAUUCACAACUAGCUGAAGAAUCAACUCAACAACCCCAGACCACAAUACAGAAAAUUCCUUCCAUUCAUGAACAAAUUGACCACUUCACUGGCAUUAAUGGCAUAAAUAACUCUACAGCUAUGGCGUCUCUACCCACUCAAUCAUCAUUUCCAGAUUCACAAGAAACAACUCAAUCAGGAGAUUCACAACUAGCUGAAGAAUCAACUCAACGACUCCAGACCACAAUACAGAAAAUUACACAACCCAGUGAAGUUACAGAGCAACACAUCCCUGAUUCCUCAACAUUUAAAUUUCCCACCACAGCAGCAGAAGUUCCUUCUACAAUUGCCAUACAUGAACAAAUCGACCACUUGACUGGCAUUAAUGGCAUAAAUAACUCUACAGCUAUGGCAUCCUUACACACUCAAUCAUCAUUACCAGACACACUGGAAACAACUCAAUCAGGAGAUUCAAAUCUAGCAAAAGAAUCAACUCAACAACUCCAGACCACAAUACAGAAUAUUCCUUCCAUACUUGAACAAAUCGACUACUUCACUGGCAUUAAUGAUACAAAUAACUUCACUUCUAAGGCGUCCUUCCCCACUCAUUCAUCAUUACCAGACUCACAAGAAACAACUCAAUCAGGAGAUUCACAACUAGCUGAAGAAUCAACUAAAUUCCUAACCACAAUACAAAAAAAUCAUUCUAUACAUGAACAAAUUGACCACUUCACUGGUAGUAAUGGUACAAAAAACUAUACAGCUAUGGUGUCUCUCCCCACUCAAUCAUCAUUUCCAGACUCACAGGAAACAACUGAAUCAGGAGAUUUACAACUUGCUGAACAAUCAACUCAACGACUCCAGACCACAAUACAGAACAUUAUAGAACCCAGCCAAGUUACAGAGCAACACAUCCCUGAUUCCACAAAAUUCACUAUCAAAAACUCCUCCAAAGCAGCAGAAGAACCUUCUUCAAUUGCCGUACAUGAUCAAAUCAACCGCUUCACUGGUAUUAAUGGCAUAAAUAACUCCACAGCUAUGGAGUCUCUACCCACUCAAUCAUCAUUUCCAGACUCACAGGAAACAACUCAAUCUGGAGAUUCAGAACUAGCUGAAGAAUCAGCUCAACACUUCCACAGAACGAAACAGAAAAUUCCAAAACCCAUCAUUCACUCUACUGGAACAAAUGGUACUAAUUAUUCUACACCUACAUCUUUUCUCACUGAACUGCCACCACAAGUGUCACAAGAAAACACCCUGUCAGGAGCUCCACAACUACUUGAACAUUCAACUCAACAUUUCCAGAGCCCCAAACAGAAAAUGACAAAACCCAGUCUGAAAAUUGUACACCUUAUUGCAACCAUUUCCACCCCACAUCUGGCCACAACAUAUAGAAUUCAACAGGAAACUCUACUAAAGUCUGCCAUGGACCCACACAUUCCAAAUAAUGACAUACUUGCAUCAACAAUGGAAAACGACAAUCUGCAACCAACUCCAGUUCCACAAAUAACAAAGGAUGAAUAUCCCAAUAUGACGCCAUUCAUCAUGCAAAGCAUUUCAAAACCAACUCCACCAGCAAGGACAAAACAAACAACUUUAUUAACAGUCAAGCCUGAAAUCAUAAAACAUCCUCCACACACUCUUUCUGUUACCUGGCAAAAUGGGAAACCCAACUGGCUUGUGACAACCACAGAUUGGAGAGUGUCAAAACCUACGCCACCUACAUUCACAUUGAAGAGGCAAAUACAAGACUCCACUUCACUUCUGCUGACUCCAAAAAAUAUAAAGAAAAAUACUCAAACACGAACAAAUGAUUCAUUAGUAAGCAGCAAAACGGCUUCCACUUCACCUCUUCCAAUCCUGAUAGAGAAACAUUUGUUUGACUCAGAAGGACCAAAGGAAACUUCUGUGCCAACAGGCAUUAGUCUACAGGAUUCCAGAACCCAUCGGAGUAAUGCAGAAACACAGUCACAGAGCACAACAAACAAAUACACAAUCCUUAACAAAAUUAUGUCCCAAACAAGUUUCCCGUUAGUAAAGGACACAGCAAAUCAAGCUCCCACAGAUGGAGUGCAUAUGUCUCAAACUAUUCCAGUCACCACAGAAAAGCUCAUUAAGAUGUUCACUCUAAAUCCAAGACCUUCAGAAAAAAAUAUUCAUACCACAUCAGUUGUAACAAAUGGAUUACUACAAUCAAGAACACUGGAAAUUCCAUCCAGGAUUUCAACAAAACGGGCCAAUAUCCAUCCCACCAAAACAACGGAGUCUCGAUAUGAACCGACAAAUCAAGGACCUACAGCAGAUUCAAUGCCAAAUGAAAAUUAUUCCAAUAAUGAUCUGCUAACCGAGAUGGAAAAACCAACGCAAAGCAUGAGUGGACGCAAACCAAGUUUGACAACUCGUUCAACUAGAUGGCACGUGUCAAAAACACAAACUAUUUCACAGAAACCCAAGACAUUUAUUUUAUCAACAUACAAAUCAGCUAAUUCCGCAGUAGAAAAUGACACGAAAACCCACAGAUAUAUUUUUGAAGUACUUCUUGCUUUUAUGUGCCUUUUGUUGCUGUUAAUAGUAAUCUUGCUUUGGGUAGUCUGGAAAAGAUGGAAAGCCCGGCACAGGAGGAGCAACAUCUGGGUAGCAGGUUCUCCUGUCCUGUGUGGAACAUAUCAUUCAGUCUUGCAGUACAGCAGUUCACACGGCAAUGCAGAUGAGGAAUAAGAACAGUCAAAAGAAAAAGCAAGAAAAUAGUGAUAUUUCUGAGACUAUUGCUCUCAAGCAACAACACAUAUACGUUGUAUAAACAUGAGGAUGUCAGGGACUCACGGCACUCUUACCCUCGACAUGACAGCUUUUUUAACUAAACAAAUUGUGAAUUAACAAAUUCUACAGACUUCUCAGUGAGUCACAAUCUUCCAGACGACGUCUUCGUGUCUUGCAUAUGCAAAGACUUAACUUUACAUGAACAAAUGAGUGUUAAGAUUACAUUAUAUAUGUUGAUAUUAUGUGAUUGUACUUUUAAAGGUUAACAAUUGUUUUAAUAAAAAAGCUAUUUUGACCUGUAUUAUAACUGAUAUUAAUCCGAUUCACUAAAACAAAAACUUGUUGAAAAAUGUCCAUUAACUAUUACUGUACAUACAAAUUGAAUACAUUUCAAAAGA